UAGAAGUUAAUUAUUAGAUUAUUGCUUAGAAUAUCACUCACUUUAAGAUAAAUAUUUAAACAAAAUAGUCUAUAAAAAGUAAUGAACCGUAAUAGUAGAUAGUAGUCUGAUGACUAAAUAUAGAGUUUAGAGGAUAAUAUUUGGUUUUACUAUUUUGAUAAAAAUACUCUUGUAAUAAAAAAAUUUAUUGAAGGUUUAAAUGGAUAAAUAUUAUAAGAAAACAAUUUCAGCUUAAUAAACUUUGUUUAGAAGCUUCUAUCUAAAUAAUCAGAUACAAAAAAGGAAAGAGUUUUUAAAUUUUUAAAUUAAACAUAACAAAUUGAAAGAAAUAAAAUUCGUGAAGGAAUUUCAUAUCACUAUGAAGCUUUUAUUGCUCAUAUUUUGGAAAAUGUGGAUUUUUAUUUAAGGAAUGAGAUAUAAAUGAUUAGCUUGAAUCUUUAAAUCUAUAAACCGCAUAUAUAAAUAAAGAAAGACUUCUAUAAAAUUAAUAAAGAAAUAAAAGAUGUAUAUUCAAAAGAUGUAUACGAAAUUCCAAAUUAUAAUGAAAUCUUGUUUCAAAAGGUUGAAUAAGAAGACCAAUUUUACAAAUGUUGUUAAGAUUAUAUUGCACUUGAGAAAUUGUAUUGCUUUGAUUUCUGGGUAUUCUAGUCAGAAAAACAGCGUUAUUACAGAUAUUUUUGCACUUGCGUGAGGUUAUUUCUCUUCUUUUUCGAAUUAGCAGAGUAUAGAUAUUUAAAGAUGAGAUAUUUUAUGGAUAUCUACAAUGAAGUGUACAAUAAAGAUAUUUCUUAGUUGACUGAUGAGGAAAUUAAAAAAAUCAAAAAACAUUAAAGUUUCUUUUUUUAAGAAAAACAUUUCUAGGAAUUGGAGUAAAGCUAAUAAGACCUUGAAACAUUGUUUACUUACUGCUUUAACGAAUCUAAGUAUUGCUUAUUUUAAAUCAGUAAAAACUAUUAGGAAAAUGAUAACAAUUAUUUAGGCUUAAAGUUGCUUACCUUGCUAUUAAAUUAAUUAAGUGAGGAAUAUUAAAAAAAUAGAGAAACAAUAUAAAAAAUAAAGACAGAAAAUGUUAGAAUUAAAAGAAAUUCGCCAGAUAAAAAUAGUGAAAAAUUUUAAAAUUCAAGAGUCAAUAAUUAAAACAGCUUAUAAUAAAAUGAUGAGCAAGAUAUUCUAAACAAUUAAAAAAAAAAUUUGCUGAAAAACUUCAAUUGUGAGUUUGAAAUAGUAAGAAAAACUUUAUUAGAAAAGCUUAAAAGUAAUGAAUCAGGUUUAGUGGAAGAAUUUAACAAUAUUAUUAAUGAAAGCAAAAACAAAUACGAUGAUAUAUUAAAUAACUAAUCUAAAGAGGAAAUUGUCUAAGUGUUUAUGUUAGAUCAAAAAUCAAGUAACUUUGUCAUGGUUGACAAUUAUAUAAUCAAGUAAACAAAAAAUCAAAAAAGCUGA